ACAGAGACCGUGAUGGCACCUGGUGCCCUGGUGAUCUCGGCCUACGCCGUGUGCCCCGAUGUCACCGCCACUGUCACCCCCGACCUCAAGUGUCCCAACGAGCGCGGGUCCCUGCUGUGGGUUCAGCUGUCCCCAGGCCGGCACCGCCUCGGGGGCUCGGCCCUGGCCCAGGUCUUUGCCCAGUUGGGCGAUUCCUGCCCCGACCUGGACGAGCCCGGGAGCCUCGAGAGCGCCUUCAACGUCACCCAGGAGCUGCUGAAAGAGCGUGUCCUGACCGCGGGCCAUGACGUCAGUGACGGUGGCUUCCUGGGCUGUGUCCUGGAGAUGGCCUUCGCUGGCAACUGCGGUGUCACCGUCAGCGUCCCCGCGCCACCGCCCGGCGUCACCC